AUGUACGGUUUGGUUGCAGUCACAGAAAAACCUGGAUACCAAUCACCAUAUGGAGGAAUGGAUAAUGGAGUGUACGGCGUGGCGGCGACGUCGUGCGCAGCGGCCAACGGGCACCACCAGCCCGACAGGCGGCAUCAUCACAAUCAGCACCACCAGCACGCGGACGUGCCCCCACAAUGGUUAAAUACAAUAUUGCUUUUUUUAAAUAUAAUAAUAGAAGAAAACGUGACGUAUGAAAGAAAAUGCACAAAUUCGUCAGUGAAAAAGGCAGAAACCCUGUUAAAGUGGAAGGUAAUAUUGACACGUAUGCGCGGGCGCAUCGCACCUGGCCUGCCCUGCGCCAAUCCCGUGGGACGUACGGGAUGCAAACUCUUGUCUAACACAAAGCCUCUUAAAAUGGGUUCAAUAGCAUUUAAUGAACCCGUCGAUUAUGAUGAAAAGUAG